AUGGCGUCAGGCCUGCCCGGUGUUGUUCUCUUGGCCUUACUAUGUGCCACACUGGUUGCCUUUGUAUCAGCUGAUAGUAAACACUGUCUGGCCUACACGGACUCAGAUGGCCAGUAUCAUCCAUAUGAGCGAUGUUACGAAGGUUUUUGCUGUGGUACCUGCGACUCCAAAAGAUGCUGCAGGAAUAGUGUGUUUCGCUUGACAGAGGAUAGUCAAGAAGAAUGUGAUUACCAUCCACUCCUGGAAACCUCCUCCUCGGUGUUGGGGUCCGUGAUUGGCGUCGUCGUCCUUGUGGUGGUGGUGCUCAUCAGCUGCUGCGUGUGUCCCUGCUGUUGCCUUUACAAGAUUUGCCGCAAGCCACGCCCGGUAAUUGCAACCACCACUCACACCACCGUUGUGACAGGCACUCCUCAGCAUUACCCCCAGCAACCAGUGAUGACAGCACAGCCCUAUCAAGGGGGUUCAUAUCCAGCCUACCAGCCGGUACCAGCGCAGCCCGGAUACGGAGGCCAGCCUAUCCCUCCUCAGGGUUAUCCACCUCAGCCCAUGCCUGCUAUGCCUCACCCAGUCCAGCCUUUUACACCUGGACCACCGCCAACAUAUCAGGAAGCUACCGGCCCGGCCUACCCUCCCAACCCGAUGCCUUACAGCCAGGCUGCAUUCACCCCCGGACAGCCAUCCUAUCCCAUGCAGCCGCCGAUGCAGCAGCCUGCCGUACAGCCCCCUGUGCAGCCACAGGCCAACGCACCUGCAGCACAAGUAGACUAUUUGGCUCAGCCGGCGUACAACCCUGAUUUUGUCUCCCCGCCACCCAAGAUGGGAUAA